AUCGUGCGCCCUUUAAAAAAUGUUGUUGAUUUGUAGUUUCGUGAAAUUUAUCUUUGUCGUAAGGCGGCAGUUUGGUGAGCAGAAUAAAUACGUCCACCGGGGUGUUUAUACGAUGGAACUGUUGGGAUUUUGCAAGGUGUCAUCAAAUUGAAGUGUUUCGACCAUCCUUGUCGCCUCAUUUGUUGGAAGCAGGCCUACCUCGUCCCUGCAUGCUUACGGUUGGACAAAGAAACAUUGUUUUAUUCUCACGGCAUAUGGAGAGUUGAGUAGCUUCAAGAUGGAUGCACCAGGUGUGAAUCUCCCAUUGAGUUUGGGGGAUUCCCAUGAUAUUAGUGGAAAUGUAAUGGUUUUAAUGAAUGACCUAGGUACUGUAGAUUCUUCAUUAUUGGAUGUUCCCAAACUUGAUUUCUCAGUGCAGAAAAGUGUAUCCUGUCAAACAGAUUUUGAUGACUUUGGAGGGAACAGUUUACCUUUGCUCUUUUGUGGCUUGUUGUGUAACGAGCGUGAAGCAUUCACCCAAUGUGAUAUUCCAAGGAAGGUGAAUGUAGGUGUGUCUUGCACCAGUCUGCCUGAAGUAAAUGUGACAAGCAGGAAUGAAAGUUCAGCUGAUGCCAUCAGGAUAUCUGUUGCAACAAAAUCAUUGACCGAUAGUUUAACAUCUUUGAGAAAAACAGAGGUCAAACCUAAUGAAGACAUAGUUUUUAGGCCACUGGGGUCAACUCCUCCUGUGAUAGUGACACCAAUAGCAAAGAAUGAAGGAAGCAUCGAUGGCGCUAAGGUCAAAGUACCUGCUGGUUUUACUAAUGUUUCUUCACUUACGGGUGAUAACUCCAGAGAUUCCCCUUUAAGAGUUUUUACAUUGCCAGCAAGGAAGAGAAAAAAGACAGUUGAUUUUGAUGGCUUUGCAGGUUAUACAGGCAUUAGUGAAGAGGAAGCAGACUUAUGGGACAGUUCUUCACGUAUGGUUUUAGAAGGGAACCAAAGGCCAGGCAUUGCAUACAAUGCAAGUGUUCAUGAAGAUCCUCAACUGAAAGUUGUAGAGGAGUGUCUUAAGAAAAUGAAAAGAGAGGAACCUGUGGAACCUGAAGGGAUAGAAUUUCAAACUAAAGUGCUGGUAACUGAUGAAGACCUGGAAGAGCAAAGACUGCAGAGGAGGGAAAGGGUCAGUUUGCUGAAGAGUAUUCUUCGACAAAACAUUAAAAUAGAAGCAGAAGGAGAAUGGAUUACAGAUGAUGAAGAGGAUGAGGAUUACGAAGAUUUUACAGAACAACUAGAACAGAGUAUGAAAGAUGAAGGUGAGCGUACAUGUAAGGAUUGCAAUCUUACUUUUAACUCUCACUUAUUGCUCAUUGAACACACUGAGUCCAAUCAUGUUGCAAACAUAUGUUCAUAUUGUGGGUUUACAACAACAUUUAAAAACAAGUUGGAUAGACAUGUAGUGAAACAUACUAAAGAGAAGGCAUUUAUUUGUGAUAUGUGUGGGAAGCAGUAUUCCCAGAAACAGAAUUUGCGUGAUCACAUAUCACGCUAUCACAGUGAGGAAGAUAGUUCCAGCAGAUAUCCAUACAGCUGUGAACAUUGUAAAAGAAUGUACCGCAAUGAAAAUAACCUUACUAAACAUUUGGAAUCUCAGGGUGGUAAAUGUGACAUAUGUGGUGAAGUGCUGCCUUGCUCUGGUGUUCUUUUCCGUCAUAAAAAGAAUCAUGCCACAUGCAGUUGUGAAUAUUGUGAUAAGGUUUUCCAGUCAAAAAGUGCUCUGCAGAUACAUGUGAAUAUCAAGCAUAAAGACAAAGGCCUCCAGUGUUCUAUGUGUCCAAAGAAGUUCCUGUUCCCCUCCUAUCUAAAGUUACACUUUGCCAAUGCUCAUAGUCAGAGUACCCCACAGUUUAAGUGCCAAGAAUGUGGUUUUUGUGCUGUGACUGAAUCUUAUCUCAAGUCACACAUGACAAGAAUGCAUUCUGGUUCAGACAAGAGAAAGUACACUUGCCAGGUGUGCCACAAGAACUUUCGAAGCAAUGCCCGCUUGGUUGAGCAUACUCGGAUACAUACUGGUGAGAGGCCUUUUUCUUGUCCUGUGUGUUUCAAAACUUUCUAUUCACAGAGCAAUUUGUAUGCUCACGAAAGAACAGUUCAUGGUAGGUUAAAUAACUAUGGUUCCAAAGACAUGAUUGAAGAAAAUGAAAAUCCUCCUGUUAUGAAGAAAGUGUUCAGCAGUUGUUACCAGUGCCAGUCCUGUAGUGAAACAUUCAGUAAUAAAAAGAAACUAAAAGCUCAUAUGGAAAAUGAGCACAACAUAUGUGACAAUGAUGACAAAGCUACCUUUGAAGAAAUGGUUUCUGACAUGACAGAUAUUGAAGUGGCUCCCAUGCAGUUUGAAAUGGACAAUGAGACUGUUGUUCAUUCAGAAGAGUAUAUGGCCAAUGGCAAAGCUGAUGACACAUCUCUACAACCUACAGAGGAGGAUACCCUUAAUGCAAGGUCUGCCUUAUCACUGCCAGCUUAUGUGGUUCCCCCUAAUGUGAACUUAGUGGAAAUUGAUGGUGUUCAGUAUCAUGUGAUUAGAAGUAACCCUUAGAUAAUGAUGAAAAUAAGUAAAAUUUUAUUAAGUGAAUAUAUUUUUCAGUAUUUUUUAAUGAAGAGAAAGAGCACAUGAAAGUAGUGUAAGCUGUAAGAGACUUCGUCCCAUCCAGCAUAAUGAGGAAAUUAUAUAGCUUCAGUAGCAUAUGCAAUUGUCCCUUGGAAUACUACAUAGUUGUGUCUUGAUUUAUUUGAAAAUUGAAUGUGCAAUCCAGUUGUGUCAGUUAUACUUGCAGUAUGUAAUGGGUUCUUACUUAGGAUCAUUUCAUAUAACUACCAAAAAAUGUUAACAUCUUGUAUAGUACUUUUAAACUUUACAGCAGCUAAAACAUGCAGUUUUAAACAGCGAUUGGUUUAUUUUUGGUCUUAGUAAUGUUUAGAAUUGUCAUUUGAAUUGCAUAUGAAAAUUUGGUACCCAGUUUAUGUAUUGGGAAAAAAUACAAUUGUUUAAAUGAAUGCAUAUUGAUUAGGUCUCACAGGCAGGAACUAGUCUUAUGUUUUCUAAUACUGGAAAUUAAGCAGGUCAGGUGCAAAUGAACCAGAGUACUGUACCCGUGCUUUGUUAUAAGAAAGAUUAUAGCUUGUUAUAUAACACCGUUUCCAUCACAUUUUUUAAUUUAAAGGAUCACUAUGAGCUUUUGUGAUAUUUUGUUCAUUUUCAUUAGAUGGCAGUAAAGAUUGACCCUCCGUCCUCCAUUUGUUCCUCAGUUCAUAAAAAAUUAAGUACUUUUUUGUCAAACUCCUUUUACUUCUCUGGCUUUGACCUUUGAUUUGACAUACACAAUUUAAUAGCUUGAAAAUAUGUAGAUAUUCAGAGAAAUAAUACUUCCUUGAAUGAUAUUAAAUAGUUUUGGGCACAACAGAAUUCACAGAUUUACAUAUAACAUUCCAUGACCUAGUUAUACUAAUAUUAUUCACUCCAAGAUUACAAAGCAGGGCAGGUUUGUAUAUUAAAAGAUAUAAGUGAUUUUCUUAUGUACAUAAAAUCAGGUUCUGAUUUACAUGGCAGCAUUUUCAACAAGUCAUAGUUAAACUCCCAUACCCUGCUUUUUCAUUGUAUUACUGUACCAGUCUCAACUGAAGGGAUCCUUUCACCAUUUUACUCAGCAAUUUAGAAAAACAAAAUUUCAUUUUUCAGUGUUUUUUUUUUCACUUUUUUUCACAUUAGAUUUUUUUAAUGAAAUUAAUGAUAAAGAACCUGGAAGCAUGUGUGACUGAUACAGUCGAAGUUUUGUCCAUAUGCCAGAGACUUUUGUUAUCUGAAGGUGAGCAGCUGGUUUAAGGGUAAAAAUCCAGACUUAUGAAGAUAUGACUGCAGUAUUUACAUCAGGAAUAAGAGACAUAUUAUGCAUUAAUUUUAGCCUCAAAAAUGCCAUUGUGACGCUUUUGUUUUUUGCCCUUUCAAAAAAAAUCAGAUACCUGUUCCCUUGUAUGUAUAAAUUACGUACUUUAAAAUAUUAAGUUAAUAUGGUAUAGAAAAUGUGUUGAUCUCUUGAUAAUAUUGUUGGCAUGACAAAAAAUUUAUUUGAAAUUUUAAUUUUUACAAUCGGCAAAAGUAAAAUGCCAAAUUUCAAAGGGAUAUAAGACAAUUGCAGUUAAUUGGAUAGGUUUAGGUUUUUUGUGGGGCAGGAAGGUGUCAUGUGUCAAUUUGGUUGGCCUUUUCAAUUUAUGUAAAUAAUAUAUCAUACUUAGCAAAUAUAAAUCAAACAUCAUUUUUAGGGAGUGAUUGUAGGGAGUCCCCAUAACUAUAUAACUAAAAAAAAAAUUUUAUUUAGCAAGUCAUAUUCAGUGUUCAUGCAUUUCAUGGUACACAUUCAUUAGCUGUUUCACAGAUGUCAUAUGUAAUUCUGACUUAUUUCAUGCACUGUUAUUAAUCUUGUAUUUUGUGUAUAUCAACAAGCAAUGACCUGCAAUUCUUUUGAUAAAACAGUCAAACUUUUAUAGUGAUUAAAAAAGUUUUAGGCUUUAUUUUGCAGGCUUUAAAUGUAAAUUUAAAAAGUUGGUAAAAGCCAGAAUUUCAGGUAGGGACAGGCUUGACUAGUGGCUCUUUAGUCAUAAUAAGGUUGUCUCUGUCACUAUUUUUUAGCAAGCCAUUUGAAUAAUUGGGAUGCAUGUUAUUCCAGUAGUAUUUGUCUUCCCAAUACGUUGUCAGUGUUUACCACAACAGUAAACUACAAUAAGGUAUUUAAAGAUUACCGAAAUUCCUUUAAGUCUUUGGCUUUAUAGCCACUUUUGAUUCCCCCUUUGAUUUCAUAAUUGGUAAUUUCCCAAACAUCCAAUCAUGUGUAUACAGUUAUGUAUACCUUAAAACUGUACUGCCUUAAAAUUAUACAGAAAAUUAUAAUCAGGACCCAAGCACUCCACGAGUUGUCAUAUCCUUUUUGAUUGUAGUGUUCAUUUUUGCAAUCAAAUUAUUUCAUUAUAAAUGUUAUGAAAUUUUUGUAAGAGUGGGAUUUUAAUGAAAAAUGUAUUGUUUAUGCUUAUAAAAAUGAUUUGGCUUUAGAUUAGUUUGUUAUAAAAUCACUCUGUUCUCUAUUUGGUAUUUUGUGGUCCAAACACCAUUGCCCUAAGUAGCUUUACUUUUCCUGAUAGCAUGCAAUCAAGAGUAAGGUUAUCCAAUGUAGUGGUGUUUAUGUACAAAACAUAACAUUGAUUUGUUUCUUACAUUUUUAUACUUUGCAUAUUACAGUAUAUUGUACAAAUGCAUUUAAUCUGAAUUGUUUUUUGAUCAUGCAACUUGUGUUGGUGUCCAUGUUUUUAUCAAUAUGUAAAUUACAGACUACUUACAGCGUAUAACGCACGGAUGCUUUAGCUCACAAAUUAAUUUAGAAAAUUACUGGGUGCAGUGUCAUUUGACAGGAUGUAAGUGUGCACAGAGGUCUGAACAUUUCUUUGCUUACAGAAAUUAUGCUCUGGCUUAAUGUAAUAAUUUUUAACCCUUUGAGAUUUUUCUUUUGUGGGGCGGGUGGGGGAUCCUAACCUCGUACGUAUGUGGUAAUACAGACUAGGUUUUGGCUUACUUUUAUAGGUUUGGAGAAUGGAGAAUUUUCCUUCAUCGCUAUGAAAUUCUUCAUUUUAUAAUGCUGGUUUUGAUCUCACUUUCAAGCCAAAUAUUUGUACUCGAUGCAAUACAUAUGUUUAAAUUUGAAAAACAAGAAGAAUGAUCCUAUCAGAAUAGUGCAUUUUAGUUGAUUGAGAAGAGUAUUUUUUCCCAAUACAUAUAUUAUUUUUAAGCUUGUAAUUGUUAAUGAAAAAGGUAACAUACAAUAAGCAAGAAUUGCCUUUAAAUUGGAACCAAUCUAAUAAUUUUCUUUGAACAUUCCCUAAGUUCAUGAUACUCUCCAGAUAUCAUCCUGUUCGUUAUUUCACAUGAUUUUGUUUCUGCAGAUGACAGUAUCAGAAUCUCAAUGCAUGAACUUAACAAUAUGUAAUUUGAUUUCAUCAGAAUCUCAAAGGGUUAAAUAAAUUUUACCUACCCAUCUGGAUUGCAACAAAAUGAAGUUUCUGAAUUUGAAACUUAGUGAUACAAUUUAGUGAUACAAGCUAUAAACAGUGCUGCUGUUAUCUUUAAACCAAAGAUGCCUCAGAUGUUGCACAUUGUACUUGGUAAUGAAUUCAGAAAACUGGGAAAAAUAAUUCUAAAUGAAGUUUUUUUUAGUACCAAUUUGAUAUAUUCAUUACAAUUAUGUAUACGUAAUCCAUUAUGAGUUAAAUUAUAUCUUUAAAA